AUGUCUGUUGCUAUCGCAGGUGGUACUGGAGGUCUCGGGCGCGCCCUUGUUGAAGCCAUACAGGCUCGAGGCAAGUACCAAGUCGUCGUCUUAACAAGAAAGGUCUCUGGGAGCCCCGCUGGUCCAAAUGGCGUUCGAUUUGUCGCCGUCGAUUACGCCAGCAUCGAUUCUCUUGUGAGCGUUCUCCAAGAAAACAGCGUUGAAAUUGUCAUUUCUGCCGUCAACAACAUCACGGGAGAAAAUGACGCCGAGAUAAAUCUCAUCAGAGCAGCUGAAAGGUCGAGUGCCACCAAGCGGUUUAUUCCGAGUUAUUUUGGUGUGCCGUAUUCGCCGGAGUGA